CCGCCGAACGAACUCAUUUGCUGGUGUGCAACGUGGUUCCCGCAACACCUCAAAUGGAUAUUACGCAGCCAGCACUGGUAACGGAACAGUUAACUUCAACAUCUACUAUCCCUGAGGAAAGCAAACCUGUUGAACCACCCAGAGAAGAGCCCAGUGAAGGCUCAACACCAGAAGACGCAGCGCUGCCUGAGGUGGUGCGGCGCAGCAGUGAGGAAGGAGCACAAGAUGGCGUGCCGGUCACUAAAGCAAAAAAGAAACGUAAGAGGCCGAAGAAAAAGGCAAAUCAGCCUGCAGCCGGUGGUUUGCUGAGCAGGUUGACUGGAUACUUCAUGGGCAGCGAGGACAAGAAAGAGGGAGAGGGUUCAGGCGAGUCUGAACCUGAAACACCUAAAACGCCUGUUGGUACAACCCCUGACACAAGUGCUGUCCCUAUCACUGAAACGCCGCAAGCUACUCCCACUGUGGAGGGCUUUGAAGUAUUGGAUGCUCCUCUAGAGGCUGAGAUGCAGCUUGAAAGCUCUCUUCCAACGAAAAAUGUUGUGACAGAGCAUCUGACUACGAGCGAAAGUCUGAAUUAUCCCCAAGAGUCUCUGGACGAGCCGAUUCCAGGCGGCAGGGAAACUGCUAUCCCUGAAAAGAAGAAGCGUAAGCGUAGGGGAGGAAAGAAGAGGGACUCCCAUGAAAUCAGUCGCAGACACUGAACAACCAGCAUUGCAGGACGCUUCCGGGAGAAAGGCGCCGAUUGCUGGAGAUGAUGUGCGGGGAAACACGGAAGUGGAGCAUGACACUUCAGUUACACAGCUUGAAUCACAGGCACUGGAGGAUGUUCUACGACUCUCGGAGGGAACACCAGUGAAAGCACCUCACAUAGAAACACAAGAAGAAGAAGGUGUUGAUGAUAAGGGACGCAAGGUCACACUCAGGACAGUCUACAUUACCAUUGUCGAAGAAAUUGUUACAUUGAGUGGGGAAAAGGUUCUCGUGAAGAAAAUCCACAAGAAAACUCAAAAGGUUACGGAGGAGGAAGACGGUACUCAUCUCGUUGAGCAUACCGCUGAACCUCCGAUCGUCAUCGACGACUUGAGCCUUGCGGAUGUCGGCGAUUUUAGUGAGGAACCUGCUAGUACGUCUGAACGUGCGGUGAAGUGUGAAGAACCAGAUAACGUGAGGGAAAGUCUUCAGCCACAGUACGACUCCACACACACGGAAGUGCCAGUAAAACCUGAGACAGCCCCUGCGCCUCAUCAAAUUGUAGGCGACACUUCACUUGUUCAAGAAUGUGUGACGUCUCUGACUGGAUCCAUGAUUGAAGAGCCCAACGUGGAAACAACCGAAGAAGAGACUGUGGAUGAACAUGGACAUCCUGUCAGGAUCAAACGCAUCUUUGUGACAGUGGUCGAGGAGGUGACCGAUGAAACUGGAGCCAAACGAAUUGUGAAGCGUAUCGUCAAGAAAGCCCAGAAAACAUCAGAGGUUAGUGGAAAGCCUGUAACUGAGGACAUCGAAGAGCCAGUAGAUGAGCCCACAGAUGACCAGUUGGAGAAGGAAGCCGUGCGACAGAUGGUGCCAGAAGACGUUUCACUCGUGGGAGAGCCUCAAGUAAGAACCACCGUGGAAGAAACGGUAGACAAGGCUGGAAAGCCAGUCAUCUUCAAACGAAUUUACGUUACCAUAUUUGAAGAGGUGGCCGACGAAUCAGGCAAGGUCAGAGUCGUGAAAAGAUUGCUAAAAAAGAACCGAAAAGUAACGGAAGUAGAUGGGAGAAUAACGGUUGAAGAGUACGAUGAUCCCGAGGAGUCCGAAACCAUGGCCACCUCGGUACCAGACAUGACCGAAUCAUCUGUGGCGGAAGAGUGUCUGCCGGCGCUGACUGGAUCAGUGGUUGAAGAACCCAAGGUGGAGACAACUGUAGAGGAGACUGUCGAUGAACAUGGUCAUCCGGUGAGAAUCAAGCGCAUCUUUGUGACGAUCACUGAAGAGGUCACUGAUGAAACUGGAAGCAAGAGGGUCGUGAAGCGGAUUGUCAAGAAGGCACAGAAAACAUCGGAGGUAAAUGGAAUACCGGUAACGGAGGACGUAGAGGAGAUGAAUGACGAGCCCAGCAAUGAUCAGUUGGAGCAGCAAAUCCUGGAACAGAUUGUCCCAAAGGAGAAAAUGUCACUCGUGGGAGAGCCUCAAGUGAAAACCACCGUGGAGGAAGCAGUGGAUAAGUCUGGAAGACCAGUGCUGCACAAAAGGAUCUACGUCACCAUAUUUGAUGAAGUCACAGAUGAAUCGGGGAAGAACAAAGUCAUCAGAAGAGUAUUGAAGAAGAACCGAAAAAUAACCGAAGUAGAUGGGAAACCAGUGAUUGAAGAGUACGAUGAACCGGAGGAAUCCGAGGUCGUGUUGACGUCUGUACCUGUCAUGACGGAAUCGUCCUUUGCUGGUGAGGUGUUGCCAGCACUGGCUGGAGCCAUUGUUGGCGAGCCCAAACUUGAGACAAACGUGGAGGAGACGGUGGAUAAAGAUGGUCGUCCUGUGAAAAUCAAGCGCAUCUUUGUUACCGUUAUCGAAGAAGUGGUUGAUGAAACAGGAACGAAAAGGUUUGUGAAGCGCGUUGUGAAGAAGACUCAGAAAACAUCGGAGGUCAACGGAAAACCCGUCACUGAGGACAUGGAGGAGCCAAUGGACGAGCCCACAAAUGAUCAGCUUGAGAAGCAGAUCGUCGAACAGAUGAUACCAAAGGAGAACGUGUCACUGGUCGGUGAGCCUCAAGUGAAAACCACCGUAGAGGAAAC